UUUCAGUUAAAUGGUGGUGGUCACCCUAGUUCAUUAAAUUCACAUUGAUUAUGCAAGCAGUAUUCAGUGUGGUUCUUCCUCAAAAGUUCCCAUUUGCGUCACGACGGUCAGUCUGAGAGGACCGUCUAGAUUCGUACCACCCAGCAAAACCAUCAGGCACAUACUUUCUUCUUUGUAUGAAAGGAAGAAAAUAUGUUUGGGAUACUGGCACCAUCCGUUAUUGGCUUCAUUUUGCAAGGUUGUCUUGGCACAGAAUGGUUCAUCCAGAUGCCUGAAAACAUCACUGCCAUCAGUGGGUCCUGUAUUGUGAUCCCCUGCACUUUCUCAUUCCCUGCAAAAUACAAAACAGAGGUCAAUACUUCGGUAGCGUUGUGGACAAGGGGCAAGGUUGGUGGCCCUGCAGUGCUUCAGUCCGAUACGAGCCCAGCCAGUGGCUUUGAGGGAGAGAUUGUGGGGGACUUCAAGAACAAGAACUGCACCACCGUCUUCACAGAGCUCCCUCUGGGAUUCAGUGAGCCAUUACUUUUCAGAGUGGAGGGGCCUUCUGACCUGAAAUACACAUACGCUAAAGAACUGUUCAUCAGCUUUCAGAGAGAGCGCCCCCCUCGUCCUGUGCUGAGCCUGAGCCCCUCAGGUGGGUUGAGACCAGGUAAGACGCUGACCGUCACCUGCCGCGCCAGUGCCCCCUGCCCGUCUCUUCUACCAGAAGUGCGGCUUGAGCUGGAGAUGGACCAGAGCCAGCAGUCAUCUGUGCAGGUGCACUCUGAGCAGGGGGUCAUGUUUGUGAUGGCCAACCUGAGUUUUACUGUGAUGGCCCGUCAUUAUGGGCAAAAUGUCACCUGUGAAGCCAUAUACCCUGGAAAAUAUGGAGCCAAAAGCCAUGGAGUGGAGAGUCAGACCCUCAACAUUCUGUAUGGGCCACACAACACCAGGGUAACGAUGAGCCGUCCGAGCCCAGUCCCAGUAGGAGCGCUGGUGACCCUGCGCUGCCUGAGCGAGGCCAACCCCCCAGUGAACACCUACAACUGGUACGCCGGGAUCACCAGUGGCCAACGGACUCUGAGGGCCUCAGGCCAAGAGUUGGCUCUCAUGGCCACCGGGGCCGACAGGGGUCUGUACUCCUGUGAGGCCAUCAGCCCGUGGGGAGAGCAGAAGUCUGCUGUGGUCGCAUUGGAGGUUGAGGAUGGCAGUGAAGGCCAGCAGUGCUCCAUGGUGCCAUAUGUGUUCUGUGGAGUUCUGGCAUGUCUGUAUGUCCUCACUAUUGUGGUGGAUGUCUACAAAUACAAAAGAUUGACUGUAAGUAUAUUUAGUUGUUUUGUUUUUGUUUUAUUCUAUCCUCAUACAGAUGCAUGUAAUUUCCCUUUCCUGUGGUGGUAAUGGUAACCCUGGACUCAACAGAAAUAUAGUGUCAUUAACUACACAGUGUCCUGCUGAAAUUGUUUUGUCUAAAUAAAAUGAUUAUUUGGUUGUGAAUAAAAAGACUUUCAGGACCCGAGAGGAAGCUCAAGGGCCAUAUGCAACCCUUACUUUAUCAAACAUCUCUGCUGAUUACGAGCAGAUUCAGCGAAACACCAAGAGCACGCCUGGUUCAGUAAACGUGAGUGAAGAUUAUCAAAAUGGAUCCACACAGAGAAGACAGAGGCCAGCAUAAUGUAUUCCAACUGUUACAUGAAAUAGUAGAAUUCCCAGAAUCCAAUGAAGAAUACGUAUUUUUCUAACAGCAAUAGUCUCCGUAAUGAGCAGAGGAUUGGGUGCUUAAAACAAAGGCUUUCCAUGCAGACAAAUAUGCAAUAAUUUAGUCAAAUGUCAACUGUUUAAAUGGCUUCAUAUUACAGUUUUUUUCAAUCACUAACAAGCGAUUGUCCAUUCAUUUGACACAUUUUCAAAACUCUAAACACAGACUCUCACCUACAAAACACAAUUGGCCAAAUGGAUCAUUUUCCUCUCAAAAGCACAUCCCAUGUUCUUACACCACAUUUUGUUACAUAUACACUAACUCAUCAUUUCUCUGCACAAUCUAACUUUACCAAAACACUGGAAACCUGACUCAAAAUGAAGUUAUUUUGUCAAAGAAUAAAACUUGUUUUCACUUCACAAGAUACAUGCAGUCAAUUAGAAUACACUAGGUUUCAAAAUACUGGCUACUGUUCACAUUACAAAAACUGCAUAGACUUUUAUGUUUCAGUUUUACAGGUAUUUGCAUGCAAAACAUGCAAUCCAGCAUUUUUAAACUAAAUUUCUUGGUUGGGAACUGUAUGUGCAGAUGUAAUGUUCACAUUCAAAUGCAUUCCAGUAAAAAGCAAAUCUUUUUUUUUUUUACUGUUCACUAGGCCUACAGGAGGUGCAGUAUAAAUACUGUUUACAGUAGACUAUGAUAGAACAGAAAAAGUUUUACAGCAUUGCAGUGAACAAAAUAUCCAUGAUACACAAGAGCAUUCUGAACAAAAAACAACAGCAAAAAGCCCAGAUAAAGGGGGUGAACAAAAAAAAGCACAAUAUUACUGUGUCUAAUCUCUGCACCUGCUCCUCUCAGUGCUCCUGCACUGCAUCUCUCACUGGGCCUGCUCUUCUCCCUGGGCCCCUUAGUCUUACUUUUCCUCGUCCAGACAUUACAAUAUUUGUCUUUUUCUGUUUCUGCUUCCAAAAACAUCACCUCCUCUUUUUACUGUGUAAGUGUCAAUGUAAUAGAGACCCCUGCCACUGAGUCUAAGACAGACUGAAAUCAGCUGUGGUUGGCCCAAUUUACCCAACAUAAAUCAUCUGUGUGUCAAUUAUUCGACUGUUUGUUUAUUAUCAGCUGAGAUAUUGCUUUUGAAUUGAUAAAAUUGCAGAAGCAGAGGUUUUAUACUGUAUCUAAGGUUUGGAAUAUUGUUUUAACUAUUGUGGGAUGUUGUGUGUUAACAUUCGAAAAUAAUACAAAAACGAUCCAUUAUUUUGUUGGGAGGUAUAGUUUGUCUGUUAAGAAAAUGUAAGCAUUGUGAAAAUGUAUUCACUGACUGCAUACUGCGUGAAAACAACAUGAAAUGUGUGAAUGGUAUGGCCACGAAAAACCGAUGCUGUGCUAACUGUGUUUAGAGUUUUGAAAAUGUGUCAACUGAAUGGACAAAACGCUUGUUAGCGAUUGAAAAAAACUGUAAUAGGUGCAUGAAAUAUGUCCAUCAAUGGAAUUACAAGACUACAUCACACUGACUGCACAAGUGUAGCAAUUUCUCCAUUCUCCUUGUGCUUAUUUUGAGCUUAAUGAAACCACAAUAUUGUUGUUUUUUUGUGUGUGUGUGUAUA